AAUGCAUGUCAGAGUUAUGUGGGUGAGAGAGUUUGUGCGUGUUGUAGACAGUUCUGGAGGUUAUUUUGAAAGUGACCCCCUCACUCACUGCCGCGGACCGCACACAGCUGUCGGGAACCAUGACACAAGAUGACGGAUACGGUUGUCGUAGAGGGACAAGUCAGACUCCGAGAGGGGAAAAAGUGGAAAAACAGAUGGGUGAUUCUUCGGAAACCUUCGCCGGUAGCAGACUGCCUGUCCUUGCUGGUGUAUAAGGAGCGUGGAGAGAAGAGUAAAGGACUGCGGGAGAGGAAUCAGGCCACGCUGAGGGAUAUCUGUGGACUGGAGGCUCUUCAGGGGUUUGAUGGAGUGAAUUAUGCACUCAGUCUGCUCUGCCUGAGCCAGUCUGUCAUGCUGGGCUUCGACAACAGAGUGACUCUUCUGGCCUGGGAUGCUCGUAUCCGCUACAGCCUUGGAGAGGUUCACAGGUUUAAUGUUAAUGUCCAGCCUGGCAGCAAACUAGAAAGUGGCCCCGCCUCCCUGCAUUUGUGCAACAAUUUGCUUGUGAUCGCCAGAGACCUCCCUCCAACUGUCAUCGGCCAAUGGAAACUGUCAGACUUAAGGCGUUAUGGCGCCGUUCCUAAUGGAUUUGUCUUUGAGGGUGGAACAAGAUGUGGCUACUGGGCUGGUGUUUUCUUUCUUGCAUGUGCAGAAGGAGAACAGAUCAGCUUUUUGUUCGAUUGCAUCGUUCGUGGCAUAUCACCAAGCAGGGGGCCGUUUGGACUGAGCCCAGUCCUGCCAGACCCCAAUGCGAACCCGUCAUCUAUUGAAGACAGGAUUAGCCAGGAGGCCAGUGAGCUAGAGAAACGACUCAGUAUGCUGUCGAUCUGCAGCCACCACAGCAUGGCAGCCUCCACCUUCAGUUACGGCGCCUCCUUGGCAGGAGAUGAUCGAAGCAUCUCCAGCUCCUCCUCUGAGACCAGUCAUUCUGACAACAGCCUGGGCAGCCGGCUGGCGAUAUGGCCUGAGCCAGUCAGACACCCCACUCCCAUUGAACCACCACCAUCAUCAUCACCACUGUUAGGGGUUGCAGGACCUAAGACUACAGCCUGUUCUGUCAGCACGUCCAGUGACGAGCGUCUAUAUGGAGUAAUGUUGGGAGGGCUUCGGCCCCCAUCCAAGCCACCUAAUCCUAGAGGCCUUCAAGAGGCGGGACGGCAGAGCUCAACAGACAGCGGCAUCGCCACCGGAAGCCACUCCUCGUAUUCUGGAAGCUUCUCCUCCUACACUGGUAGCGUGGAUAUUGGGCAUGGAGAGACUGAUGAGUUUGGAUCUUUAACAAGCCUCCCUCAGAACCCUAAUUCAAACUCAAACUCCCUUCUCAACACUCCAGUACGGACAAUUCCCCUGAUUCCUGAACACAAACCCUGUGUGUGCCCACUCAAAGAGUCUGCUCAAAUGCAGGCCACCACGUACCAGGUACCCAGUCCACCUCCGCAGCAUUACGACAUCCCUCGUAGGCUCCUACUACAACAAUUCUCCAGUCAGGAACAGUUUUUGACUGCUGGAGCUCUGGGAUCAGAGGGUGUCCCUGCAGAUGCCACCCCCAAACAAACAGUCCAAUGGAGAUCCAACUGUUAUGGUGAAGGAGUUGCGCCCCCUGAAGGCUCCACCGCACCACAGUCACAGUCCGCCAUCUGUCCUGACUGCGGGGGAGGAAAGGUGGAAAAGAGCAGGUGUGAGAUCAGAAGCAGUUCUGAGCAGCAGAAUACUUUUCAUGAGACUGACGCAGAUUCAAAAGGCAAUUAUGAGCAGAUGGCAUUCAUGACUUAUGCAUCCAGGUGGCCACAGUUCAGAGCCGGAGAGUAUGGGCAGACAGGACUGUCAGUUAUUGACAAACUUCAAGGUGAUUCCAUUAACUAUGUGAAUAUCCCCAUUAGUCCAACGUCUAAACGACAGCUACACUAUAUGGAGUUGGAUCUACAGGACCGUCCAGAGUCAAGCCACACUAUCAGAGUGGCCGGUUCCAGCACUAAAUACGCCCACAUUGACAUCACUGCUACUGAGACGGCACAGAGGGUGGGAGCCCAGCAUGCACAGGGCCGAGAGGAGAGACUACAGGAACUAGAACAGAAAAGGAGAGGAACGCUCACCUGAACAUGUAAUCAAAGUUGAGUUUAAAUGCCUGAGACCACACUGAAUCUUUUUUUUCCCUUCAGUUAAACCUGGAAAUAGUUUUGUCGAAUUGUAAGCAAAUCUGUGAAAUUUACUUUUUAAAUUUCUUGCAUCCACUGAAGCACAAAAACAUGGAGUUUUUGCAGCUCAAAUGUCGUAGUCAUUAUUAAAGUAACCAAGGGACUUUAAGAAAAUCUGAAAUUUCUAUGUAUUUUUCAAUUUGACGUUUCUCUCAAAUUGUAAUGGUUAAUAAAUAUGUUAAGUUAGAGAAUUGAAAAACAGAAUAAUUUUUAAUUGUGGUCUCUCAGAUGUUUAGACUCAGCUGUUUAUCAGUGGUUUUCAACCUAGGGUCUAGAGCUCAGUAUGAUUUAAAUAUAUUGAACUUGUCUUGAAUAUUGACUUGAAGUCAUAAUUAGUUAAAUUAGGAAAUUUAAGUAGCUUUUAUAAAUGUGCCUUAGAAAAAAAACAUUACUGGUGUGCAUCUUGAGACAAAAUAAUGACCCUGACAUAUUUCCAGAUGUCAGUGCAAGUUGCUUUCAGUUAAAACAGCUCAAACAUACAUUUUAGUCUGGGACUAGGCUUAAGCCUCGCCUCGUAAUGUUUUUAUUGAAGAACAGAGCUCAUUAAACUUCUGGAUCAAGGUCUUGACCAGGUUCAUUAUUGUGUUGGAUUUCGGUGGGCUUUUGGUUGAGAACCACUGCUUUAUACGCUAAAUGUAUUUCUGCAUUGUAUUUUAUGUAAGUUUGUGGAUGUGUAUUAUUUUCCAUGUUUAAGAUUGGCAUGGAAUUAGAAAAGUUAUAAAUCUAAAAACAGAUCAUGAAACAACUUUGACUGUUGACAACUGUAAAUAUAUACUUUGGUGACCAAUUUUGUUCUGUACAUUUACAUAUUUCAUGAGAACAUACUGUAUUUUUUUUUUCAAAUAUUAUUUUCUGAAAUUUCUAUAUCGACUAUCAGUACUAUGAUAAAAAUGAUACAACAGUGACUAAACAUGCUCAUCAUUUAAAUGCUUGAUGCAAUAUCACAAUCACUCAAUGGCAGCGCAGCAUAUCACCCAUUUGAAUCUGUCAGAGAAAACAAGGCUCGGGCAGUUUGUUUUAUUAUGAAAUUUGCAAAAUGAAAUGUGCACUUGUACAAAAGCAAUCCUAUUAUUUACGGAGAUCACAUUCCUGACAGUUCAUUACAAUGCUGGAUUAUAGGAUUUGUAUGAAUAGGAAGAUUUUAAAUCACAAACUUGUUAGAUUAGUAAUGACAGUGUCAUAGAUUAAAGAAUUAAUGUGGAAUUUAUAUUACAAUUUUUAUGACAAAUCUAAAUUUUAUGACGGUGUAUACCUGAUGGAACUGUUUAAACAGUGAGGAUGUUGGAUCAAGUCUACCAAUCAUAGAAAUGUACCCUGUACGCAUUGCUAUUUAAUGAUUCAGAUUAUGUUUGACUCAAGGUC